CCACCCUUACCGGUCGAGACUUGGGACCACGUCAUCGACUAUUUACGAUAUUGGGGCCUCUGGGAUGAUCUAGCGGCCUGUUCCCUGGUGUGCAGAAGAUGGCGCGCAAGGAGCCAGUCCCAUCUUGCCAGGAGAGUGCGCCUCUUGCGUCGCGACGACGUGGUGACGCUAUCGCGUGAGAUACGGAGCUGUAUGCGUACUAGCGACAGCCUCAGGGUGACAGACAUCGAGGUCACGGUCAAGAACUCGCUGUUUGGCAAGAGGGACACCAUCAGCCACCUGGGGACUUUCGUGCCGGCCCUCGCUGGACGUUUCGCGAACCUGAUGAGGCUGUAUCUAAAGGGAGAUUGGCCCGCCGGGAUGAUGCACCAAGACUUCUUCAUCCACCUUUCUGCAUUCUCUUCCAUCACCCAUCUCUCCCUUGUCGAGCUUCACCUCCCUAACGUCUCCGUUUUCGGUCGAAUUGUCUGUGCACUACCCAACCUUGUUUCCGUCAAGUGC